GAAACAUCACUUAAUGACAAAUCCAUGCUUACAGAGUAAAAAUGGCAGGCUUCCUAGAUAACUUCCGAUGGCCAGAGUGUGAAUGUAUUGACUGGAGUGAGAGAAGGAAUGCCGUGGCCUCCGUGGUUGCAGGCAUAUUGUUUUUUACAGGUUGGUGGAUAAUGAUCGAUGCUGCUGUGGUCUAUCCUAAGCCUGAGCAGUUGAAUCACGCUUUUCACACAUGUGGUGUGUUUUCUACACUGGCUUUCUUCAUGAUAAAUGCUGUAUCCAAUGCGCAAGUGAGAGGUGACAGCUAUGAAAGCGGCUGUUUAGGAAGAACAGGUGCUCGAGUCUGGCUCUUCAUUGGUUUCAUGCUGAUGUUCGGGUCACUUAUUGCCUCCAUGUGGAUUCUUUUUGGUGCAUAUGUUACUCAAAAUAUUGAUGUUUAUCCUGGACUAGCUGUGUUCUUUCAAAAUGCCCUUAUAUUUUUUAGCACUCUGAUCUACAAAUUUGGAAGAACUGAAGAGCUCUGGACUUGAGAUCGGUCGCCUCUCCAAUUGCACCCUCCUCCUGUUCUGUUCUAUGCGUAGAUAACUUUAUCUUUGGUAUGAUUUACACAUAGUCAAAUGGAACAGUGUGCACUCAGUGUUCUGUUCCGUCACAGUUUUGUGCCCUGCGUUUUGAAUUGCUUUGGCAAAAUGUCUGUCUUGGUUUUUCAUUGAUUGGACAACUUAGUAUAUACAUAAUACAUGACUACUCAACACAUAAUACCUGAUGCUGAUUGUCAGGGUUUUAGUCCCGAAACUCUAAGAUUGGUAUGUGUCCUGAGCUGAGGCUCUAUUGUCCUGGUGUUUAGGGGUAAAUACUCUGCCUCAGUAUCUGAUGUUUGAAAAUGUGCAAAAUAUUCAGCUCUGUGACUCUAGGAGCAGCCCUGAGCUCUUAGAGAAGUGAUGUCUGCCAGUUGUAAUUUAUUUUGAUUGGAAAUGAUACUUUUUAAAAGGAGAAAUGUUUGUGCUUACAUGUGCAUUAGAGAACUGGACUUUUUAUAUAAAGAGUUUUAAAUGCCCAAAGGACUAGUUUGAAAGCCCCCUUUGAAAAGAAUUUCUCUAACAUGACUUUUAUUUGACUCUCAGCAAGCCUCCAUUUUUGAGAGUUAAUGUAAAAAGUGGUAGGCAGCUGAGCAACAUGCUCCCCAUCUUACUACGCAGCCUCAGUGCUCCCGGGUUUGUGUCUUGCACGGCUCAACAGCAUCUGCACACACACACACACACACACACACACACACACACACACUCACUCAAGCGAGUGACCCUGAGACAGGCGCUGUUGAGACACAUGUCACAAGAAAUGGAACAGUCAGUUAAAGAUAAGACCUCUUCCUGAGGGGCACUGUGGCCUAACGCAAAGACAGGCACUUGAUUCUCUUUGUCCUUGACUCCCUCUGCUGGAGCCCUCAGGCGACGCUGCACAAAAUACAUGUAUUGUGUUCUGAAAGUUCACACUCCACUCUAGAAGCCCUUCUCCACGUUGAGAGCUGCGCGUGUCCAUGUAUAUUUCUGUGGACCUUUCCUUGGUUGUAAAGAUUCUGUGUUGCACUUUUAACCCCAGAGGGACUUUUAUAAACCCUUUGCUGUAAAGCAGUAAUGUCAAGGGUAACAUAUGCAACUUCUGACGCAGGCCUUACUCUCCUUAGCGGCCUCCCCAAGAGGCCUCCCAAGCACAGCGCGGGAAGCACAGCACAGCGCGGGAAGCAGCUGCCGAUUGCUGAGCCUUCCUCUAGAUAUGUCUCGCUUCAUUACUUUCCUGAUGUUUCCUCAAAAUGCCGGCUUUGUCUUGCUUCCAGAAAACUGCAAAGCUAAUCACAUGUUUCCAUUCCCAGAAUCUAAUGCCAUAAAUAUCCCUCUCUCACAUACUGUACAGUUAGGUGUGCUGGGAGAAUGACCCGUGAAACCUGCUCUCUGUUCGUUCCUCAUUGUCCAAGUUAACCUUAUCCAGAAGGCACUCAGAAACAGGAAAUAAAUGACAAUGACUACAGGUUUAUGAAGGGCAGCCCUGAGGACCGACCAAAAUUUCUGGUGGCUUCUUUUCUAUUCAUGACUCUUUUCAUGAAUUUUGUUUUAAUUGUGAGCAAAUCUAUUGACUUUUCUCUGUUGUCUCAUUAAACAAGAGAGAUGGUGUUAGUACCUUCUCACAAGUAUUAUGAGUUCAUAGCAUCCUUAGCGAUCAUCUAAAAUACACCUGGUUCUCUGAAUAAAGAUCUCACUUGUUACUCACACUCAA